UCAAUUCGCCGGGCCGCACGUCGGGAGGGCAGGGGGCGGAGCCAGUUUGGUUGCACCAGCACCCAUACAUAGGCGCGGACCGGCGUGUCCUUGGGCUGAGAGAGCGGGACGUUCGGCUUGCCAGCGGCCCCCACUUAGGCGUGCACCGGGAAACAACGAUUUGAAAAUGGGUGAUGUUGAGAAGGGCAAGAAGAUUUUUGUUCAGAAGUGUGCCCAGUGCCAUACUGUGGAAAAGGGAGGCAAGCACAAGACUGGGCCAAAUCUCCAUGGUCUUUUUGGGCGAAAGACGGGUCAGUCUCCUGGAUUCUCUUACACAGAUGCCAACAAGAACAAAGGCAUCACCUGGGGAGAGGAGACGCUGAUGGAGUAUUUGGAGAAUCCCAAGAAGUACAUCCCUGGAACAAAAAUGAUCUUCGCUGGCAUUAAGAAGAAGGGAGAGAGGGCAGACUUGAUAGCCUAUCUCAAACAAGCUACUAAUGAGUAAUAGUUGGCCACUGCCUUAUUUAUUACGAAACAGAUGUCUCAUGACUUUUUAUGUGUACCAUAUUUAAAUUGAUCUCAUACACUAGACUUCAGAUCAUGAAUGGCUGAUGUAAUAUUUCUGUCCUGAUUUAAAUAAGAUUGGCUUGUGGCUAAAUGAAUAUGUCAGCUUUUUGAAUUUUGGUAGCAAUUCCAGUUCAAUAAGUGCUAUCACUGUUUUCCCCUUCUAAAGAGAUGAUUAAACUUGAAUAAGAAAUGUUAAACUUUUCAGGGAGAUGGUGAAUGCCUUCUCAAACCCUAUAGGAGAUUGGUUUUAUAUUUAGAUUUCUAUAACUGGUUAUAUUAACAUAUUUAAAUAUUGAGAAGAUCCCUUCAGUGUCUUAUAGAACAGAGCAAGAUUCACCUGUUUCAAGUUGUAUUCAUUUGCCUUUUAAGGCAAGGGCUGAAGAUACACUGAUAAUGUCCACUUUAUCUUUUUGGUCUUAAGUAUGCCAAUUUAAUUAAAAUUCUCUAAAGUAUUUCUUUAGAAAUACUUUAGUAUAUCUUCACUAAGUAAAAGGCAUUUUAGUGUGGUUUAUGUGUAGCAUCAAAUAAAGAAUGUUUAGCACUUCUCACAUUUUGUAGGUGAUCUUUAAGAUCAGAUGCUUUUAAAAUUCACCAUGGCAAGAUAUGUUAAGAAACUUUGCUCAUGAAUUCUUUACAAAGUCAGACUAAAUUAUAAUUCAGGAUUGUCUUUUAAACAGGUAUUCAGAAACACAUCUGUAGAACUACAGUAUAUGUGUGUUUGGUAAUGGUGCUUUUGCCAACUCAGAAGGGUUAAAAUAGAGGAGCUAUAUCAUUAGCACAGAUUUGUAAAUUAUCUGAUCAUAAGGCAGGAGAAUUAAAAACAAAGGCACAGAUCAUGAUUUUUCUAACGUGGUUGAUUUAAUGACAUACCAAAAUGGGUGAAAAAUAAAGUAGCCCAAAAUAUGCAGCAUUGUUACUAGUCAUAGUACUAGAUUGUGUUUACUUGGUCUUCUAGGACAGCCUGCACUGGAACAACACUUUAGUAAGCCAAUUAGUUUCUUUGGCCAGAAUGAGCACUGUAGCAUUUGUGCCAAAUGUAGAAAGAAGAAUGUAUUUCUGGCCAUGGUUUUGUGGUAUGUAUAGUAUAUGGUUAUAGUAUAUGUACUAAAUUAUUUCAUACAGUUUGUGCCUUACAUGUUUAGAGUAGUUCCUAGAAAUUUUAUGGCAUGGUGAGCUUGAACUAAGCCAUAAAGAAUGCUGAGAGAAAUUCUCAGUGGGGGAAAUAAGUCUGUGCUGGUGGUGAGAGCCAUCUCUCAGUGAGGAAAGCAGGAAGAGGCUUUAUCAAAAGUGAUGGCGAUGAUUAGAUAGGCCUGUAAGGCCUGAUGAAGCAAUUUGUAACUUGUCAAUCUUACUUUUGAUCAUUGGAGAAAUGUGAGAAAGCAAAGAAGUCAGUUUGGAAACACGUGCAGAAAGAAUUUGGGGAAUCAAAAGAAAGCCUGCUGUAAUUGAGGUGGUAUCCAGAAGCAGUGUAGCAGUUAGCUUCUAAGAGAGUUCUGGACCAGUAUGGUCAGAAAUGGAGACCAGAGAAUUGAUGUAUUUCUGUGCUUACUAAGUCAACUAAGGCCUAUGCUGGCAGAGAAUUGCUGAGUACCUGUUGUGUUCUAGGCCAGUUAUACUCAAUAAGUGCCUCUAGUGAUUUAUAAGUUCCUAUGGUUAAUUCAGAAUAAGGGACAUUCCUACCUGUAAGGGGUAUAUGCUCUCUUAGAAAUAAAGAAACCCAAAAAGCUAACACUGUAUAACCCACAUGUCUUCAUUCCUAGUGUCUCUUCAUAGGUGGCUGGGUGAGUAGUAUCAAAAAUGAGAGCCAGCUCUAUGUAAGAAGUGUUUCUUCCAGGUGCCACCUACACUCUGAAUUUUGUCUAGAAUAGCACUACCCAAUACAACUUUCUGUGCUGAUGGGUUGAAUAUGUGCUGUCCAGUGGGCUACUAACCAGAUGUGGCUAUGAAGUUUGGGUAGUGUGUCUAUAGAACUGAAUUUUAAUUUUAUUCAACUUUAGUGAGUUUAGAUUUGCAUAGCCACAGAUGGCUACAGUAUUGAUGGUACAAGUCUAGAACUAGAACCAUGUGUGGUCCAUAACAAAAAUGCUUCCUCUGAACUCUGUUUUCUUAAUCUAGGAUUCUUACAAGUACACUAAGUGCCCUUGAACACUGAUUCCAGUUCCUGUCUCUGGAUCUGAUAUGCUCACCUAUGUAAUUUUACCAUGCAUUCGACAUACUGCGUUCAUAAAUUGGCAAUUUAUUUUAGUUAGGUGUUAUUCUCGUGGUAGGUAGGGGUACAUCUUUUCGUCAUCCUUCUGCACUUUUCUUCAGUUUCUUUAUAGACAUAUUGCACAUUUUCACUUUAACCCCUAAAGAUUGUUGUAAAUUGAAAAGGGUGUGAUAAAAUCCACAUGCUGCCUGUGAAGAGUCCUUACAAGUGGCUCGCCAUCCCCAGUUGGCUAGGCUCAAGCUGUUUCAUAUCAGUCAAGGUCACACAAGAGUAAACCAGAACCAACUUAGCUACAACUUGGCUUUAUUUCUAGUGAUGAGGUCUUUAGGCACUUCAUAUUAGAGUACCUUGAGAUACCAAGUGAGAUUGCUGACCAUGGCAUAAGAAUGGCUAUUAAGGUAUAGUUCCCACAGGCAAGGUUGAUGCCUCUUUGAACUAAAGUUGGCUACUGUAGUCAACAUUAGAGGUUUCAUUAUUGGAACUGGAGGAGAUCUUAGAGAUUCUUGGAAUCCAACUGCACUAUUAUACAGAUGAGAGGUGAAAUUAACCUUAUCUAGGCUCGGGAACUAUGGGAACUACUCACUUGGUUGAGCUGGACUGCUAACAGGAUCUGGUAGUCCAACCUAGCAAAUCCCUGAGAGGAAGGGAGCUGAGGCAUACAGCAGAUACCUCGGUUUGGAGUGGGAUAGGCUUAGUAACACCUAUUAGUGACUCAGUCCUGUAACAUCCCUACACUGAGCUGUGAGGCCUUCCUCUUGAGGGGCUGAGGUGUGCUGUGGGCAGAAGGACAUAGCCAUAGCCCAUGCCCUUUCCAGAGUGUUGCUCCCUUCUCACAUGUGAGGAGCCCUCCUGCCUGGGGGCUUACUUGAGGGGUACUGGACCCAAAGUGACCAUAAUCAAGUGCUUUUGCCCCACUGACCUGCUUACAGAGGCCUCGCUUAGGAGAGGGGAGCAUGACCUGCCCCCUUUUCCAUCCCUCUGGAUUUGUUACCAUUUUUCUUGCACUCAACACCUUCCAAUAAAAAUUGUCUACACUGGAAAAAACUAGCUGAAUAAUGUAGCUGAAACCACCACCAAGAUACUUUGACCGAAGUUUGGUCUUAGUCUAACUCUGCUGUAUCAGACAUAUUAAUGGGCUGCCUCCUUUUUGGCUUUUCUUUCUCUAUUCAUUAGAAAUGUGCCACAUUGGUGCCAUUAAAUACAUGUCUAUAGCUUGAACAUUUUUCUUUGAAAAAUGACCAUUGGACUAGUUAAUUUUAUUUGUGGUGUUAAAAAGAGUGCUGGGUUUGGGAUUGGAAAAUUUGUGUUUAGAGUAGGGGUUAGUUAGCAGCCCAUGGU